AUGUUGGAAGACACAAACAUACCGCUGGCACUACAGUAUACGCAACACGGAGAUCAUCAAUACUUUUUUGACUAUCAAAGCAACAAUGAUGGCGGUCCACCAUCAUGGAAACCAGUGUUUUUAGCUUUGACAGAUAAAGAUAUUUUGAUGUAUGACAGUGUCCCAUGGUCCAGAGAAGAAUGGGCUGCACCAUUCCAAAGUCAUCCACUAUUAGCAACAAGAUUAGUUCAUUCUGGAGGACCAACCAAAGUAUCCAAUCAUAAAAUGGCUGAGUUGACUUUCGGCACACGAACUGGAACUCGAAAUGGUAUAGAAGCUCAUUUGUUUCGAGUGGAUACGCAGCGUGACUUAGCUGCUUGGUCUAGAGUUCUUGUUCAAGGAGCUCACAAUGCUGCCAGUAUCAUAAAAGAAAUUAACUGUGCUGUUACUUUCCAAGGCAAAGAAGCACGUCUAACUUUACACUACGAUAGCGGUUUCACUUUAACCGAUGCCAGACCAGAGGCCCAAGAAGCAGGCAGGUCGUCAGUUUUAUGGAAUUUCUCUUAUGAAAAACUGAGAUUCUCCUCAGAUGAUGGAGCCAGAAUACUGUGGCUAGAUUUUGGUGCUGGAGAGGGUGAAUUUGAAUUGGAUCUUCACACAUGUCCCAAACCAGUGGUGUUCGUUAUGCACACCUUCCUGUCAGCCAAGGUUACCAGGAUGGGGCUAUUUGCAUAAAGAAGAAAAAGAUACCCUGGGAGAUUUUCCUUCAUUUUUUUAAACAAAAAUGUAAAUGAAAUUGCUGCAAAGUUGAAAAAAAAUUAAAAAUUUUCUGCAAACUUUUUUCAAAACUAAAGUGAAAUAUGACCAACGAUUCCAAUAAACUAACACUAUGAACAAGAUAUAAAUACUAAUCUUAAUUAAGAAAAAGUCAGAAAAACUCUUCAACCGAAGUGCACUUGUAAAUACCUUUUACAAAUAUACCAAUUUAUUAAAAUUUUAAAUCAUGAUCUAAUCAUUUGUUGUCCCCAAAG